CCCUCCCGGGUCCCGAUUGUCUCCGUCCCCGUCUCCGUCCGCCGCGCCCGCCUCGCCCUGCCCCGUCUCUCUCCCUCGCACUUCCUGAGUCGCCCGCCGCCGCCGUCUCGCCGCGGGAGCCCGCGCCCCAGCCGCCGCUGCCCCGGCUCCAGCCCCCGUAGCCCGCGGCGCCCGCCCGAGGGACCCGGCGCCCGGGGAGGGAACAGCGGGCGAGCGCGCCUCGCCCAGCCCCGCGCCCCAGCCCUGCCCGGCGAGGAAGGACCGGGAAGAUGAACAACGGCGGCAAAGCCGAGAAGGAGAACACCCCGAACGAGGCCAACCUUCAGGAGGAAGAGGUCCGGACCCUAUUUGUCAGUGGUCUCCCUCUGGAUAUCAAACCUCGUGAGCUCUAUCUGCUUUUCAGACCGUUUAAGGGCUAUGAGGGUUCUCUUAUAAAGCUCACAUCUAAGCAGCCCGUAGGUUUUGUCAGUUUUGACAGUCGCUCAGAAGCAGAAGCUGCAAAGAAUGCUUUGAAUGGCAUCCGCUUCGAUCCUGAAAUUCCGCAAACACUACGACUAGAGUUUGCUAAGGCAAACACGAAGAUGGCCAAGAACAAACUAGUAGGGACUCCAAACCCCAGUACUCCUCUGCCCAACACUGUACCUCAGUUCAUUGCCAGAGAGCCAUAUGAGCUCACAGUGCCUGCACUUUACCCCAGUAGCCCUGAAGUGUGGGCCCCGUACCCUCUGUACCCAGCGGAGUUAGCGCCUGCUCUACCUCCUCCUGCUUUCACCUAUCCCGCUUCACUGCAUGCCCAGGAAGGCAGCUCCAACUCUGCCCUUUGCUUAGUGAGCAAGUGGAUUCAGAUGCACAAAGCCAUAAGCCAUGGAUGCGCUGGCUCCCUCCCUCCGAGGCUACUUCUCAGGGCUGGAAGUCCCGUCAGUUCUGCUGAAUACUAUGUUCCAGGUGUGUGAUGGUGGCUGCAGUCUGUCUUGUGGGUAUUAACGCAAUCUCCAACAGUGGCUACUGUUCUCGAGCUGUUCUGCGAAACUGGAGCGUGCUGCCCUUUCUUGGUGACUCGGGGACAGGUUCAUGAGCCUCUUCAGAAAUAGAGUGAUGAUUGAUUGCCCUUGGGCAGUAACUGAAUUGUGUCGGAUCCUCACUGAAUUCCUCCAGACUGCUGGGCUCUUCUAGUGGGUGAUGAUUUUGGUGAUUUGUCCAUCUUUUCAGUUGACACCAGCUGUUACUUCUUAGUUCAUCCGCUUCUAGCAGUAAGUGUAGUCUUAAAACUAACAUAGCAUUCCCAGAGGUGACCUGCCUGCCAGGCACCACAUGCAGGGGCUUCUGGUCUCUUUGAAAAGCUUGGCCUAGAACAGCUGGAAUGCCAGGGGCAGGCCAACAGUGGGUAUGUCUCAGCCCAAAUAAGGUGGCAAAUUUCAUCCCUACGAGGGGCCUAUAAAGAAGAGAUGAGUCAGAAAGAGGGCAAGAUUCCUGCUGAGGACAGAGAACCAGGCAGUUCUGGCCAAGGAGAUCAUUACUACAUAUUUGGGGCUUAAGUAAUUUCCUGCUCAGAAUAAUACCUUUCGGGGCCUGUCCAGAGGGACACACGGCCAGGGUGUAUGGGUUUGCAGCCCGCCUCCCCGCUGCCUGCACGGGAAGCCAGCAGCCUGCACUUGGGGUCUAUUUUCUCCCGCCAUCUGUAUCACACUAACCAGACUUAUCGACAGGUAAACGUUUUCCACAUCACAUAGGGCAGCUGAUAUUCAUCCCACUAAUUCCAUAGCCUUUGAAUUUUUUAGAUUUUCCUUUUGUCAUGCUUCCGAAUAGCAAUGCCCAUGAUAUUACCAAUAUUACCACUCAGUAAAAUUUUUUUAAAAGACAAGAUUUUGUUGGGUUUUUUUCCCCCUUCUCUGGAGAAAUUUAAAGACCAAUUAAAAGCCCCCCAUACAAUUUUUUGGAAGCAGGUUAGAAUAAUGAUUUUUUAAAAUGCAGUAAAUUGACCCAAACAUCAGUCGUUCAUGGCACCUGCAGAUGAGCCCAGACUGGCGGCAGCAGCAGCUGUCUUCAUGCAGACAACGGGAGGGCCUACUGGGGAGGAGACCCGCGCCACUGUCCUGGGCAGCCAGACACCCCAGACAGGCCUGAGGAGGUGGGGCGGCUGCCCAGCACGGGCCAGGUGGGGAGAAGGGUGUCUUUGGCACUAGCCACAUUCAUGCUGGGGCUCACCAGUUCUGGGCAUCCAGGGCCGACAAGAAUGAGUCUGGAGGCAGCUUUCCUUUUCCCAAAUCUGAAGUCGAUGACAGUCCUUACGGCCUGCCCUGGGGGGAGCAGAGAGAGGCCUGGCCUAGGAGGAGCCUGCCGGCUUGUUGGUAGAGGGGUGGGCGGGAUGCGUCUGUAGCACAGGGAGGGGUUGCUCACUACUGAAGACUGAGCCAUUCUUGUUCAUUAAAAGCCCUAAGUCAUAUGAUAUGUCCCAUGUUUGCUGGGAGUUAGACGGAGGGGAAUAUUCCUUAUCUGGCUUUUGAUAAAAAUGACUAAAUCUUAGAGAAUUUCUUGGGGAAGAAGUCAUUAGUAAAGAGGUUAAGUAUUUGUAGAUGGAUUAGGGGAAAAUAGAGAAAGAAUAUUCUUGUUGCUGAGAGGAAAGGCUCACGGGGAUUCAGACAGACAGACUCUGACUUAGCAACGAGGAAAGCAGAGUCUGGGAAGAGCAGCCUGGGCCUGGAUUGCUCCCCUGGCGGCCGCAGGCACCCGGCCCCACAGCCGUCAGCAGCUGUCCCCAAGUGCUGAGGGCCACAUGCUGAUCUUUGUGAUCAAGGACAACUGAAAUGGAAUGUUUUAGAAUUGUAUAAUAUUCCUUAAGACAUCAGGAGCCAUUCUCUAUUGUCUUCAAUUGGGACAGUUGCGACCUACCUCAGACAAGAUUUCUUGCAUGUAUUUCCCUCCCUUGUUUAUCCUGUCACAUGCAUGUCAUGUUGACCCCCUUUCAGGAAAGGCUCUGUGAGGAGAAUCUGCUCUCUAAACAGCCUGACACUCCCACCCCACCCCCACCCCUCCACGGUGCCGUGUUCCCGGAUGUCUUCGCAUUCUGUUUAACAUGUCCUUGUUAAUACAUUCCAAGGUCUGAACUCCGUUCCUUGCUAAACCCCUUCCUUGUUUACAGGGACUGAAAUAGCCACAUUUUGACCUUCUGUUCAGUCUGGGAACAUCUAUGGCAAUGUGGACGCAUUCUUUUCCCAUGUGAGAAUUACAUUUACACAGCACAGUUAUGGAAAAGCUCAGGAAACCAUAGACUCUCAACCCCCUUCUUCUCUCUUCCCUCCUCCCUUCCAUGUUCUUUUUCACUUCGAAAGAUCAGCCUUUCUAAUCAGCCCAACUUAACCAGACCUGUACACCUUGCUUCUUCCUGCUCAGGGGUCCAGGAAGAAGGGGACAGACUACUGUGAGGUCGCGGUGGGUUGCUUAUUGCCUGGGAAAGCUGGAGGCGCCCCCCCCAUCUCCCCAGGAUCAGCUUCCCGUAGAAGGCCCCCAUCGACGCCAAAGCUGCCCAGCAGAGGUGCUCAGGGCGCCACGGGACCAGUGUGCAGAGCCCAGCGUGGGUCCUUGGGCACAGUGUCCUGGCUCUCAUUCCAGGGCAUUAUCAAGACUAGGGCCGGGGUCUCAGUGCCACAUACCAUUAAGGGCGUAUUGUUCCCAUUUCAUUUGCCCAAGAGUCCAAGUAUCUGAAUUUUUGCUACAUGCAAGGUGUCUGGGGUGGAGGAGGGAAGAGAUAGUCUUAGGGAGGAAAAUAAUCCAGGAUAAUACUUGUGAAAGCCAAACAAGUGGCCUGGACAGUGAGAGCUCCUGGUAAGAGUUCAGAGGAGAAAGACCUGCAGGCCGAAGGGAUAAGGAGAGGCUGGAGGAAGCGGGGCUUAAACUGAGUUUUGAAAGAUAGUAGGGUUUGUGUAUGCUGAGGAGGAUUAGAACAGAAAGGAGGAAGCGAGAACAUACAAGCAUGUUCUUGUUGAAAGUGGAUUGUGACCAGGCUUCUGAGGGCCUUGAGGGGCGUAUUAGGGAUUUGGGUUUUGGGAGGCAUUGGAGAGAUCUGAGCAAGGGGGAGGUGUUUUAGGAAUCUUUGUCAUCUUGCUGCCCAGGGCAAAAUGAAUGAAAAGUCAAGUGAGAAACACAAACCAGGAGAGGCAAACCCAGGAUGGUGGCGGUGGCGUCGGGAAGUAAGAGUGAUCUAAAAGAGGAGGCUGAGUCGGGGUAGAGCGGCACCAGGUGCUAGACGGAGGGACAAAGAACAGGCAGAGGGGUCAGGUGCCAGGGCCAUGUUAAGGCAGAUGGUGAAUCUGGGUUUAGACAUGUUGCCUUUGAGGUUCUGGCAGAAAUGUCUGGGCCAAAUCUGAUAGGAAUGUCCAGGACCUGGUAGUGGAACCAGAAAGGAGCCAGGGCUAGCAACGUGCAUUUGCCCAAAGACGGUUGCUGAGCUCUACAGAGAAGAAAGCAGAAGUAGACCAGCCAGGCCCCCUGCCACUCAGCCGAGGGCUGGCAGAAACCACAGGGCCUUGGUCCAUCCUAAACCAGUGGGCCCAGCCCACGGGAAGAAGCGAUCACCUGUGGCAGAGGCUCCUUUGCCCACUCACUCAGCCCCCUCUCCCUCAGUCCCUGAAGGCAGUGUGGCAGCUUUGGUUUCAGGCCGUUGGUCUUGAUGCUGCCUGACCACUUCCAGUUUCAGCUGCUUUCCCAAGAUGGCCCUCUCCAAGCCUGUGCUCUGUAAGAGGCCCUUGGCAGUGUACAGGCCCCUUAGGAUCCCAGAGUCCAAGGGCUGCUGAGUACUGUCCCCUGUGAAUUGUUCCAAAGUAAAAACAGCCGUAGAGUGACUGCUGUUCCUCAGAAACGGUUUCUUGGAAUCAACACACACAGCUUGGGCUGCUGGCGCGAGGUCAAGUUUGGGAUGACGUGGAACUUGUCAUUUUAGGCCUGACAAGCUGAGAAUGUGGGGGAAGGAAACUGGGCCUUGUCUCCACUUCCUCUAAGCUGGUUUCUCUCCUCUGUUGAUGUAAAGUGACUGGGGAAUUGCGGGAGAGGGGGGCGUCGCCUCUUCAUGCUCUCAAGGGGAGGCUCCUUUGACAGUUCAAGGGCAGCAGAUCCGGCAUUCAUGGGGAUGUGAGACAGGCCAGGGCUCGUGGGCCCAUAGUUCCCUGCAUCCUGACCCCGUGGAAAAAUGCCCCAAGUCUGGGCACUCUCUUAGUCCUGCCACCCCUGGGGCUGCGCCAUGCUGCAUGCACCAGGAUCGUGGGAUCCCGGCACCCCGCCCCCUGCCGGGUAGAAAUCAGAGUGUAGCAGAAGAGAUACAGCUUUCGAGAGGGUUCGUCUGCUGGCCCCACUCACUAAGCAUCACAGGACAUGUGACCUGUACCAAAGAUGGCAUGUCCCAGCCCACUUAGAUUUCUCCAUCCUGGAACAUCUGGCAAGGGGGGUGGGGGCGGUGUUGAUCCCUCUGCUGUGCUGGGCAUCAGGGGAGGCAAGGAGUCAGAAAGUGAGAUUCCUGAAGGAAUUUACCUCUUCCUUCACUCCUGCUAGACAAAUCCUCCUGUUUCAGAGGAUUCUGCUGAGAAAGUAAAGGGGGGAGGUGGGGCUGUGUGCCACGCCUCCCAGAGCUUGAGCUGAGAGCAUUUCCAAACUCUAAUUUGGCCUUUCUCUAUAAUAAGCAUCAUUAAAUUGAUGUGCUGCCAGGACUAAUGAAAUGGUUGCAACAAGCCAGAGAGACAGGUAGGUGUUAUGCUGACAUUACAGAUGAGCUUCUGGAUGUCCAGACCCCUUCUCUUGAAAGCUACACCCUGAUUUCUGCCCAGGGGUUUUUCGUGACCCAUAAGUCUGUGAUAAUUAUAUUGGGUCUUCUGACUUUUGGCCCAUUAUUAUUUGCACCCAUCUGUACUGUCAUCUACAAACUAGGCUAUGACAAGAUAGACUGGCUCACAGUCCAGAUGCAGAUGCAGCCGGCACUGUGUACAAUCCUCAGAUGGAACUUAGCAAGAUCGUCCAAGUAGCUGCGUUUGAGAGUGCUCAUCUAGAUCUGUUUCCGAUUUCAGGAAUUACUGCUAAAUCCACCUUUUCCCACAUAGCUAACUAGGACGUUUAUAUGGGUUGUUAUCAGUAAUGAUGCUUUUUUCUUUAUAGCUUCCUCCCACACACAAAUAAGCAUUUCCCCGCACAGAGUUCUAGUGUGUGCUGAUAUACUUCAGCAUAGACCUCUUCUACAACCACAGAUUCACGUGAGUCUGACGUACUGAUAAGAUGGCGAGAAAACAAGGGACUUGAGAGUUAGAGACAAGUGCAGGUGCACCUCAGAGAUAGUGUGGGUUUGGUUCCAAACCACUGCAAUAAAGCGAGUCACAGGAACUUGGUGGUUCCCCAGCGCAUGUAAAAGUUAUGUUUACACUAUUCUGUAGUCUAUUAAGUGUGCAAUAGCAUAUGUCUAAAAAAGCAAUGUACACAGCUUAAAAAAUGCUAACCAUUAUCUGAGCCUUCAAGUCGUAAUCUUUUUGCUGGUGGAGAGUCUUGUAAAAAACGCAUUAUCUGUGAAGCACAAUAAAGCGGAGCACAAUAAAAUGAGGUCUGCGUGUAAAAUGAAUGACAGACUGAUGGUAGAGGUUUUACAAUGCAGCCUUUACAGAAGCGAAGCCAGACACAAACGAGCUGAGAUGUAUUUAAGAAACUCCUGGGACCAGGGUGGGACUCUGCCAAAGUCCCCUUUUUCUGUCACAAAGCAAAACAAAUAUGAGCAUUUCCUUGCAACUGCAGGAAAAGGAAGUCUUGAAAAGUUCCCAGUCAGAGAUAAGUGGAAAUUAAAUCUAUAUUCCGCACAUAUCUAGGGUGAGACCACUGAUACUCUUGUGAGUGGGCGUUACUGGAGGGUCAGUGCGUAUAUUCUAAGCUGUUAUAUACAGACACCCAUGGUCUUUUGUAGGGAUUCACCCGUGCACGAAUUCUCCCAGCCGCAGGCCCCUCCCAACACAGCCCUGCAGUGAGGAGCAGGCACUGCGCACACCUGUGAGCCCUGCUCCCCUUAUCCAUUUUCUUUCUGUUUCAGGCUUGAAAAACCUUGCCCAGUUUUGAUCCCUUCAAGACUUUGCCACAGCCUCUAUCACACAUCUGUUUUUCUUGAAGAAAAAAAAUAUAAUAAAAAUGUUUUACUCUUUUACACUGUAUAAUUGUAAGAAAUAGUGUGUUAUUUGUGAAUGCAUGGCCUGACGUACAUUUCUGUACAGUUGAGAUAUUUUCAAAUGAAACAUAAAAGAUGUCAACAAUAAAACCGAGAGAGUGAGUAUUUUUAUAUCAAACAUUUUAAGUAUGACAGGAUGGAGGAUCUUACACUGGGUUGGAUCACAAUUUUUGUGCUUGACUUUGAAUGCUUGUAAUUAAAAAUAUCUAUUUUUUCCCUCUAAAAUAAGCUGCAUGUUUGGGGCAUGUUUUUAAAUGUUAUCAAAAUUGCCGGAAUCGUAUGGUGAAUGUAUAGGAAGUCUGUUUGCCUGGCCUGAUCCAGGGUAAGUCAGUGCCGUGGCGUGAGAUGUGAGGACAGACCCGUGCUGUCUGCAGGACUAGGCGCACACUCCAGUCCCAGUAGGAUGUCCCUGCACGACAAUCAAAAGCCUCCAGGGCUUUCUGCCAGGGCGGCGUGUUCACAGCUGGGCACAGAAGCCUUUCUUUGGUACAAAUUCCUGAGGAGGACGUGCCCUUAGAAAGCCCUGGCCGCUCCAGAGUGACUAGAGAAACUGUGCCGAGCGGUGGGUUUUGCCAUUUUCUUACGUUGCUCUUUGACAGCACGCAUACCCCGCAGUGGACGUCAGACUGUCUCACUGAGAAGGGGAAACUGGCUUGAGAGGCUGGCUGGCUUUACCCAACCUGCGUGGCUGCAAUGGGCAGCUCACAUCGCCCAAGGGAUUUUGCAGAACACUGGGUGAACUGAGCUGGUGCUCUGGGUCUUGGCAGCACCGCGCCCGUUUAAAACAGUAUCCUGAUUCACAUGUGCUCACUGUGGUGUUACCUACACCCCAGCGCACGGACAGGGUGCGGCCGGAAGGAAUACUGUUGAGCUGGCUCAAGACUUCUUCAGACCCAAAGUCAGUCUUGUGUCAUAAACUGACACAUUUCCAAAGUCUGCGACUGUCUCUCCUUGUUAUAGAAGAGCCAUGUAUAAAAAUGUAUCGAUCUAAGAAUUUCCAACUGCCAACAGCUAAGCAUGAUCGCAGCUCUCUUACUGACCUGCUCACACUGUGCUGAAGAUUUCCGUGUUCUAAUGAUUACAUCAUUGGUUUGGGGGUAUUUUUGUUUCAUUAUUUUCCAUUAGAAAUAAAGAUGUCAAGAAGCUUUUAAAGGUCAUCAUAAAAAACAAAAAACUGACAAGAAACACCAGGGGUGAGGGCACUUCCCUUCGCCGGACACGAAGGGACGGGCAGUCACAGCAGCGUGCCCCACUGGGUUGCAGCCCUGCAUACGUGCCAGCACCGCCUGGCUCUCGCUGAGACUUCUGUACUCGUUUCUAAGCAAAACAGAGCAACUUCCACACAGUCUAUUAUGCUUUUAUAAACUGUUUAAAGGUACUUUUCUAUUGUCAUUUAUAAAAAUAAAGUGCUUAUUCCAGCCGUCA